AUGGCGCCCCACUUGCCACGGCUGCCGCAGCAGGAAGUGGAGGACCGCCUCCGACGGGCCAAGGCAGACUUCGAGGAGAGCCUGUCGCGACUCCGCGAGGAGUUCGACAGUGUCCAGCAGCAGGCGCGCGAUUUGGCAUCACUCUACGGCGGGCGCCGAGGAGAUCUGGAAGAGGUCCAGCGCGCUGCCCCCAAAGAUCCGAGCGCCAGCCCGUGUGCUUCGUUCGCCUGCGCCAAAAUUGCGUCCAAACUCGGGGAUGAGAUGCACGUACGGCCCAUGCUGGAAGACGACAUGGUUGUUGCAGAGAUUGACACCUGCACCACGGGUGCUUUGGACAUGUCAGAGAAUGUGGUGGACAUCGUACUGUGCCGCGAGGAAGCCGAAGCCAUCCGCAAGAUGCAAAUGCAAAGUUCGGCUACGGGAGGACGAACGGAAGCAGAGCUCGAAAGGUUCGACCGGAGAACCGCCUGGUUGAACAUUGUUCCUGCAAUCGUCAUCGUGGCCAACGCCCUGGUUAUCGGCGUCAGUCUCGACGUGUAUCGUGGUCACAUUGGUUGGCAGGUGCUGGAGUACGUCUUUGUCGCGUUCUACACGUUCGAGUUUGCCGUCAAGGUGUGGAUUUACGGAUGGAGCUGGUACUGGUGUGGCCCAGAGCGCGCCUGGAAUAUCUUUGAUAUUCUUUGCUUGGCUGUCAUGUACGUGGACGUGAGCUUCGCCACAAUCCUCUUGACGCAGGGCCGCGAUAGCUCUGAUGCCGAGGCGAUCUCCAGCCUGAACCUCAUGAAGGUCUUCCGCCUGGCGCGCCUGGCCCGGCUCAUCCGCGCCCUUCGCUUCCAGGUCUUCCACGAGCUGAAGUUGAUCGUGCUGGGCGUCUUCUCGGGAUUGCGGGUGAUCUGCUGGGCCAUCGUGCUCCUGGUGGUGCUUGUCUAUGGCAUCGGCAUCGCGAUGCGCAACUUCGUGGGAGACGGGCCGGAGGGGUUCCCAGAGUUCGAGACGGUGGUGGCGGCGAUGUUUACAUGUUUCCGCUGCUUCACAGACGGGUGCAGUGCCUAUGAUGGUACCCCCUUGUCCGAACACCUGCGUCGAGCCCACGGCGGGCCUUUCAUUGUUGGCUACAUCUUCGUCACCAUGCUGGUCACAGUGGGCGUGUUCAACCUCAUCAUGGCAGUCUUCAUAGAGAAUGUGAUGAGCUCUCAGUUCGUGCGCAAGCAGACCGAGAUAGCGGAAACGGCGCUGGUGAUGGAAACGAAGAUCAAGGACCGAAUCAUUCGAAAGCUGGGCUUGAAGAGGAGCAGCUUCCGAGCUUCGCCAGACCUCAAGACCCGUUCCGAGGGACUGGACGAAGUUCUGCAAGUUGCGGGCCGCAGCAUCUCGAGGGACGAGUUCGACUCGUGGCUUCAUGACCAGGACUUCGUGCGCGUGCUGGACGAGGCCAGCAUUGACACGUCGGCCCAAGUCGGCCUGUUUGACGUGCUGGACGCCGAUGGGGGUGGGGAGCUCAGCGUGAACGAGCUGGUCACGGGCCUGAUGAGCCUGAGGGGGCCCGUCACGAAGGGCGACGUCAUUGGGAUGAGUUUAAAGAUCCGCUACUUGGUGAGCAUGAUGGAGGCCUCACAGCAGCCUUCUUUCGGCGUCUAG